AUGUCCUGGGAACAAUAUCAAAUGUACAUGCCACAGUGCCAUCAAGCGGCUCUCAUGUACCAAACUGUUGGUUCUAUUCCAUCUACUAUGACCACUCCUCUUCAAAGCCCUAAUUUCUCUUCUUUGGACUCGCCUCAUUACCCAGAAAGUCUUUCGUAUUACAGCACCGCCGGAGGAAAGGAUGAAAAGAAAAAGUGCCGCCGCUACAAGACGCCAUCUCCACAAUUGCUCCGUCAGAGAAGAAGUGCUGCCAACGAACGGGAACGCAGGAGAAUGAACACCCUGAACGUCGCUUAUGAUGAGCUACGAGAAGUGCUUCCGGAAAUCGAUUCGGGAAAGAAGCUGUCAAAAUUCGAAACUCUGCAGAUGGCCCAAAAGUACAUCGAAUGCCUGGCCCAGAUUCUCAAGACGGAUGCGAAACCUGAAAAUGUCAAGAACAAAAAAUGA